GCGCCAGGCAGCGGAGCACUAUAUGGCAGCGGAGGAGGGGAGGGCAAGAGCUCGGCCGCAUUCGGGGCCGCCUGCGCUCAUCAAACGCUGCUCAUUGAACACACAGUGAGGCAGAGCUGGAGUGGAAAUACUUUUUAUGCCGCAAUAUGCGUGAAUUUCUAAAAUAAACCCGGGGUUGCUGGAGCCCUUCUGAAGGAGGUGUGGAUCAGUACCCAUCUGCGCGGGCCCUGAGAGGGCGACCCGUCAGACGGGCAUCGGGCGAGCGCGUUACAUGCCAGCGUUUUUUCUUUUAUUUUGACUGCCCCUUUUAGGUUGAAUCCCCCUCUCCCCUGAUACUCUUUCAUUCAUCAGAAAGAGUAGACGAUAUUUUCACCCUAGUGCGGCAGCCAGGCUGCUCCCCCACACACAGAUGAAUGAAGACCCCAUUCGGGAAGAACGCAGCCCAGAGAUCCAGAGCUGAUGCAGGGCAUGCUGGUGUCUCUGCAAAUAUGAUGAAGAAAAAGAAUUCUCAUAAGAAACACAAAAGCAGUGUAGGCCCCACCAAAGCAGUGGCUCAGCCGCGGAGGAACAUCGUGGGCUGUCGGAUCCAGCACAUCUGGAAGGAGGGCAGUGGCGCGGCGUCGCAGUGGAAAGGCACUGUUUUAGACCAGGUGCCCGUCAACCCCUCACUCUACCUGAUCAAAUACGACGGCUUCGACUGCGUCUACGGCCUGGAGCUGCAUAAAGACGAGAGGGUGCAGGGACUCGAGGUCCUGCCAGACAGACUCGCCUCAACGCGCAUCAGCGAUGCUCACCUGGCCGACACCAUGAUCGGCAAAGCCGUGGAGCACAUGUUCGAGACGGAGGACGGCACAAAGAACGAGUGGAGGGGAAUGGUUCUGGCCCGGGCGCCCAUCAUGAACACGUGGUUCUACAUCACAUACGAGAAAGACCCGGUGCUCUACAUGUAUCAGCUGCUCGACGACUAUAAAGACGGAGAUCUGAGGAUCAUGCCAGACUCCAACGACUCGCCCCCAGCGGAGCGUGAGCCCGGAGAGGUGGUAGACAGCCUCGUGGGGAAGCAGGUGGAAUACGCCAAAGAGGACGGCUCUAAACGAACUGGCAUGGUUAUCCAUCAGGUGGAGGCCAAGCCCUCGGUCUACUUCAUCAAGUUUGAUGACGACUUUCACAUUUACGUCUAUGACCUGGUGAAAACAUCGUAAGGCGCAGCAUGAGACGAGGAGAGGGGGAGGAGUUUCACGUAACCAUGUGAUCCACACAAACGUUUUUUGCCAAAAGUUCUCUCGGAACAUUUCUCGUAACAUCUUUUGGAAAUGGAACGCUGGAUAUUUCGGUGGAUUACCGCUAGUCAAGUGUCUCUUAUCGUUGUAGGAUGAACGGACAUCACAUCCCCCGACAUACACGUAGCUUCAUAUUUCAGAGGUUCGUCUCGAGCAUUUCCCAUUCCUGUUGGUUGUUAUGAAGAUCUUCGUUGGGAAAAUCCCGUCUGGCCAUUCUGGGACGUUAAAGUGUUCAUCUGUUGGACUGUUACAGCUCCGUCUUGGGUUAAAAAUUCAAGCUAGCGGCGUGCGCCGAUCCUGGGGAAACGGUUUAAAUGUAACGCGCGAGGCAUUUAUCCUUUCAGACGUCAGAAACGCGGCGGUCCGUGAAGAAUGGGGAGCGUUCGGGACGUCCUAAACCUCAUAAAAGUGCCAGGAGGUGGAGGGCGGGAGAAUAUGUCUGUAAAUAAGACAUCUUUCUGUCCUUGACAUCUUUGAGUCGGUUGCCAGAUGUUUCUUGUUUUAUCCCUCCGUCUUCUGGUUCUCGCCAGAAUUGCGCACACGAGCUCUGCUGUCAAUGAAACGUAGGCAUUUGUGGCGUGAAACCCUACCGUUUUGUUUUUAUGUAUUUUGUUUUCUUCUUUUUUAUUAUAUAUAAAUAUAAAUAUAUAUAUAUGUAUCAUUACCACGAGUAAACGCUAAUGCAGCUUUUAUUAUUUUAAGCACUAAAUUUCGAGAGUUGUUUUCCUCCCUUGUUUGUUUUCAAUGAAUGAAAAAAAUUUUGCAUUUCAUAUUUGGAACGUUGAUUUAACAUUGGUCUAACGUUGAUAUAACGUUUAUUUCACUUAAUUUACUUAAUGGGCUUCUUAAAAUGUACAAAAUGCCCACUAAUUGUAUCAUAUUGCAUAGUGUGGACAUUUCCUCUUGGUGUAGAUUAAUGGGUUUAUUGUGUCUUAGCACAUGAUUUUGGCUCUUUGGCACUAAAAAUUGUACGGUUACCCAAUGACCCGAAGUAUUUAGAGAUGUUACACAAUACUAAUCGCACAAAGUGUUUAAUCCCGUACCGGUUCGGAAAUGCUGAUGCAAUAACGAAGAAAGUAUUCAGGAAUUUCUUUGCACCCCGUGACUUUUGCAUUGUUUUUGUUUCAUCAGCCUUGGGGAGAUUCUCUGUCGCUUUGCCUCUCUGCGAGCCUAAACGUCUGUGCCUCGAUAUUGACUUCACUGUUUUUUUUUUUUUUGUUGUUUGUUUUGUUUUUUUAAAUGUGUGUUUUGUCUGAAGGUUUGUGUGUUCCCAUUAGACUUGUACGAAAUGACCCGAAGGCCCCCUCCGAGGAAUGUUACGUUGUUUGAAGAAGUCCUCACAGAUGCAUGUUUUGCAUUGUUUUGUGCUGCUUUCGGUUACGGCAUUCCUGUUUUCACACUUACAUGAAGCGUUUCUCUUGUUCUCAAGCCGCUGUCUACUGCAUUUGAUGCACAACACUAAAAGGGUGACACGAAGAAAUGCACAGGUCAGAUUUCACUCCAAAAUCAAAUGAAAAACAUUAUAUGAUCGAAAUAAAAAUUUUGCAUUUCUUUCCAAGACAUUUAAGUACAUUUUUCUUCAAAUUGUCAUUACCUAAUGCAAAAAUACAUUAGUGCAAAGCAACAAAAAAAAAGUGCAAAGUAAUACUGUAAACACCCUGUCUAGGCAUUCUUUUCAUUUUUUUUUUUACUAUUAUCACAAAAUAUUAUGCAUAGUAUUUUUUUUUUUUUGACGUUUUCAGAUAUAUACAUAACUGUUAAUUCUGUAAAAAAAAAAAAAAAAAGAGCUUUAAAAAAUGAGACGUUUAAGACACACACACACACACCCAUUAUAUGCAUAUAACUUUUCUUAUGAUCUUGUGGUGAAAUGUGAGCUGGACAUUUCCCGAUGCUUUUUUCGUAAGCUUCACCCAGUAAAGUGCGUAAAGAUAUAUUCGUGAUUCUCCAUGUUUUGCCCCGGAAACCUUAAUGCGGGCGACCCGCUCGGCCUACCAAAUAAAGCAGCGGCCCAAACGCAGAGGUCAAGCUUCGUCCCGGGACCGUUGAUCUACUUUUCCUUUCCAAACAAGAGCUAGGUGACUUUUGCGAGGCGUCCCUCACCGCGGCUACAUGAGCUCACCGUCGCUAGAGUCGUGUCUUAUCCAGUGGACAACGGACGUGUCAAUAUGCAAACGGAUCCCCUCAGAAAGACAUACUCAUGGGAUUGGCCUUUUACAUGUACCUACUGUAGUAUUGUACUGUGUUUUGAUGUCAGGUCGACGUGGGAAAUUUCAAAAAGAAAAAAAACGACGAAAACUAGACCGUUCUUUUUGCAUGAUAUGAGUAGAGUUGUUAUCGUAUGUUAGUGUGAUGCAUGUGUACCUGUCUUUUUAUUUCGGCUAUUCGUUCCCUAAAUGAAAGUUUCCGUUUAUUGUGUUGCUAAUUGUGAUGUUUCUGUUCUGGUUUUUGAAUCCAUUUCUAAGUAAAAAGAAACGUUAAACUAA